AUGCUGUACUUAUGGAUUAUUCAUCAUUAUAUUACCUUUGUUCCUUUCCUUUACAGCAUGAUAAAUAAAAUUCCAAAGCCUAGAAAUAACCGCAUACAGCUAUAUUUUACAAUUUUGUUUUACUUAAUUAGUUAUUGCUUGGAAUAUUUUUCUCACAAACUGGAUAAAAUAUUUCCCAGCAUUACAAUCACAAAUUGCUUUGUUUUAAAAGAUUGCUCACAGUGGAAUGUCCCUACAUAUAUGUUCUGGAUAUUAUAUUUUCUUAAAGUUUGCCAUCCUUUAAUUGAUUUUUGUAAGAAGAUUCAUGGACCUCUCCCAAUUAAUCGGCAAACUUUGAUCUUAUCUUUGGCGAUAGUGCUAAUAGACUCAUCACUAUUUAUUUGCUAUAUAUUGUCAGAAAAUAAAUUGAACUGCACCUUAAUUUUUCUGAUAACUACUUUAUCUUGAAGCUUAUUGAUUUUUAAGAUAUAUAAAUAUAUGUGAAACAAGCCAGGUGAAAUUUCAUGAGAGAUUACUUAUGCUUUACUCUAUAUUUUAGGCUCUUUAAUGCUGAUUAGCUCAUUCGCAUUUGAAAUUUUGACACAAUUAUUUUUAAUUGAACUAAAGCUAUCAUUUUUGUGAUGCCUCUUUGUAUUCUUUUGCGAUUAAUUAAAAAGUUGUUAUAAUUUUGCAGGCGGUAUCAAAAACAUGGAACAAAGUUUUCAGCAUAUUUAUAGAGAGCUAGCAUUUAAUAUAAAAAAGGAUAUUUGCUUCUGUAGCAGAUACCAUUUUGUUUUUUAGACUCAGAAAAGUUAAGGAAAAGUGAGAUCAACGAUUUAUCAAACGUUUUAGUCUACACCAAAGAUUUCUUCGCUUGGCUGAAGUAUAUUUCUUUUCCAUUUUUUCUAUUUGUGGAUUGUGAGCUUCUAACUGACUUUAUAUAGAAUUGUUUGAAUCAGAAAUGUGGAUAUUUAAUGAAGGAGUUUAUUUCGGAAUUUCGAUGACCAUAGCAAUUUUGCUUGAUUUUCAGUAUUAUCAUAUUAAUACAAUACAUGCUAUUGGAAUUUAUAUUUUGAUACGUUUUGGAUAUUGCAGGCUAAUUCAUUUUAUAAUAACUAUUUGUAGCUAA